CCAACAGCUAUUUCUCCGUCUCGCCUUAUCUAUUGCUUCUUUCUUGUAACUCUAUUUCUCUCUAUUUUCUCUCUAUUUCUACUUGCAGCAUCCCUAAACCUAAACCUACACCUAAGCGCCGGAUCUAUCAUUAACAAGCGUUCGCUGUUUCAGCUAAGGAAACCAUCUCCAUAUGUCUUUGAAGUUGGGAAUCAAUUGUCAGGUGUUGUAUGACAAGUAGUAGUUAAUGAUUAUGUGGUGGUGCUGGCAUGUGUUUGUCACAAGAGAUAUGCUCUAUAUUUAGGAGGAUGUAGCUGGGGAUGAUGUUUCCUGAAUCAACAAGCUUUUGAUGCUUGUAUAUUGAAUGAUAUCUCUGUAGUGGUGUUGGAAUUUGGUAUUUAAAAUGAAAGGAGUACAGUUAAGGUUUAUUUGGACUGAUGUGGAUGUGUGGUUGUGGUGGACAGGGAGGAGGCAGCAGCUGGGUGGUGGAGUGGUGAUAUUUUAGCUGGUCGUUAAUUGGUGGUUCUGUUUGUGUUGGUUUUGAAUAUGAGAUCUGGCAGCAGAAGCCGAAGCAGGAGCAGAAGCAGGAGCCCAGUGGAUCGCAAAAUCCGUACACAGCGGUUCUCCCACCGUGAUGCACCAUAUAGACGGGAGUCACGUCGGGGUUUCAGUGAGAGUGGUCUCUGCAAGAACUGCAAACGCCCUGGCCAUUUUGCUCGGGAGUGCCCUAAUGUUGCCAUAUGUCACAACUGUGGUCUCCCAGGGCAUAUUGCCUCCGAGUGUACCACAAAAUCUCUUUGUUGGAAUUGCCGAGAGCCAGGCCACAUGGCUGGAGAUUGUCCAAAUGAAGGAAUCUGCCACACUUGUGGAAAGGCAGGACAUCGUGCUAGAGACUGCGCGGCUCCUCCCCUGCCUCCUGGUGACCUGAAGCUGUGCAAUAACUGCUUCAAGCAAGGCCAUAUUGCAGUCGACUGCACCAAUGACAAGGCAUGCAAAAAUUGUAGGAAGACUGGUCACCUGGCACGUGAUUGUCAAAAUGAUCCUGUGUGCAACCUAUGUAAUAUAUCCGGUCAUAUGGCGAGAGAUUGCCCCAAGGCUGGUGCUCUUGAAGAGAGGGGUGGUGGAGCUCGUCCUUUUGGUGGGGGAGGAGGAUAUAGGGACAUUGUAUGUCGCAACUGCCAGCAAGUGGGCCACAUGAGUCGAGAUUGCAUGCCAUUGAUGAUCUGUCACAACUGUGGGGGAAGAGGACACCUAGCUUAUGAGUGCCCCUCUGGAAGGUUUAUGGACCACCCCUCAGGAAGGUUUAUGGACCGCCCUCCGGGAAGGUUUAUGGACCACCCCUCUGGAAGGUUUAUGGACCGUUUUCCUAGGAGGUACUGACUGAUAAAAGACAUGCCAUAUCAAUAGGGUGACUAUUGAUGAUAUCUUGUUCUUCUUCCCUCUUUGAAUUGGGAUUGACAUUUACUUUAGAAUAUCGGAAUUUUGGAACUAGUUAUUUUGAUUUGCGUCUUUUUUCUUUUGAAUGGACAUGAUGAAACCAUUAUUUAGAACAUGGAUUGCUGUAAACUAUAGUGAGGUGCAUUUUUAUUUGGUGAUUCUGCUAGCUAAUGGAAGGAUGAGGGCAACCAACAUAUUGGUUUUUCUUGGUA